ACGGGAUGCUGAACUGUGCUCUGUGAUUGGCUGGUGGUAGAGCACGUGAUUGCUAACGCCAGACUCUUCUUCCGCAGGAAAACACCUAUGACGUUAUACUUUCAUUCAUAGAGUCCGAGAUAACGUUGGAGCAGAUAUGGAAGUCCUCUUCUGCUGGUUCCUAAUAGGUCUCCAUCUCGGAAGCAUUUCACCUGCAGAAAACUGCAGCAAGUCAAACGAUGUGUACGCCAUGCUCGGAGACAACUUGACUCUGCCGGUGUUUGUGGUCGAGACCAAACGAAUAAUAAAAAUUGCAUGGGUCAAUUCACGAGCCGUUAAAUUUGCCACGUCAUAUCCUAAUGGUUCUAUCGAAAUCUGGGACAGUUAUUACGCCAAAAGAUUGACGACUUCCAGCAACGGCUCUUUGAUUAUCAAUGACCUGAAGAAGGAAGAUGUCAGCACCAUCACGGCGACAAUUUACUUGGGUGGAGACGAUUGCUCACAGACGUAUCACCUCAAAGUUGCAGUUUCACCUGCAGAAAACUGCAGCAAGUCAAACGAUGUGUACGCCAUGCUCGGAGACAACUUGACUCUGCCGGUGUUUGUGGUCGAGACCAAACGAAUAAUAAAAAUUGCAUGGGUCAAUUCACGAGCCGUUAAAUUUGCCACGUCAUAUCCUAAUGGUUCUAUCGAAAUCUGGGACAGUUAUUACGCCAAAAGAUUGACGACUUCCAGCAACGGCUCUUUGAUUAUCAAUGACCUGAAGAAGGAAGAUGUCAGCACCAUCACGGCGACAAUUUACUUGGGUGGAGACGAUUGCUCACAGACGUAUCACCUCAAAGUUGCAGGUAAGUGUGGUGCCACCAAGAAGGUGUCUGCUCGGGCUGGAGGAAAUGUUACUCUGCAAGUGGAAGAAAGUUCCAUUGAAAGCUUUUGGGAAAGACCAGUUGGGGUACAGUUUGCCACCACCAAACCGCGUGGUAACAUUGAUCAUCAAGACCAGUAUUCUAAGAGGCUGCUGAGAUCUGAUGGUUCCUUGAUUAUUACUGGUUUAUCUCCACAAGACAAGGGAGACUACAGAGCAAUUCUAUUGUCACCUGAUGGAGUGAGGUGUGCUCAGGCAUACAAUGUCUACAUUUCAGAUACAUCAAAUUUGAAAGCGAGUGAAACCAGAUGUGAAGGCAUAUGGUGGAUGGUCCUUGGUGGCAUUAUCUGCUGCCUCAUCAAUUCAAAAAAAGUUAAUCAUAAUUUAUUUUUAUUUUAAAUAAUUAUUUAUCCACUUAUUUAUUUUCUUUAUCUUUAAAUAUUUUUUGCAUCUUUGAAUAUUAUGUGGUGUUAAUUGUAUUUGCACUAAUAGUUUGCUGCUAGAAGUCUGUCAUUUUCAUUAGAUAUGGAGAUCUCUAAGCUAGAGGGUUUGUCUCACCCCAAAAUCUUAAAAUGGUGUAAAAUAACAAGCUGAGCACUAGUCACUUUAUAGUCACCUUACUGGUCCCCCGCCGGUCUUUGUACUCUGACCUCCAGGAAUGACAUUUCAACAUGCACGUGUGACCACUGUAACCAGUCACUUGCUUAUACCAUUGAAACAUUGAAGCGACAGGGGAUCAGUAAGGUCAGUAUUAUUUAAUUUUUUUUAUUUUACACCUUCAUACUUUUUUGAGAGAAAGUGACAAGGUUGGUGGACAUAUGGUUCCUUCAUUCUCAUAGAAAUUGGUUGGGUCCUUCCUUAGCUUAAGUCCUUAGCUUAACGAACAUGUGCUGCCCGUUGCCGUAUUGCUGACCACAUAUGCGGAUCCGCAAUAAACGGGCACCGUUCCGAGUGCAUUCCGCAUCACGG